GGGAUGGCGCAUUUUCUUGCACCGAGCAAUGCGGUGUCGCUGGCGGGUGAGGAAGGCGGAGAGUGCUAUCGUGAAGUGAGGGGAGGGAUUCAUGUAGGCAUCCGGGGGAGCCUUGUUCUGAACUAUAAGGUGGGAAGUUGAUGCUGGGUACUGCUACUCCCGGACCCCCGGCGUGAAAGUUGUGAUAUCAUCCUCGAACCAUCAGCUUUGAAAUUAAAAAACAAUGGAGAAGACUCAAGAAACAGCCCAAAGAAUUCUUCUAGAACCUUACAAGUACUUACUUCAGUUACCAGGUAAACAAGUGAGAACCAAACUUUCACAGGCGUUUAAUCAUUGGCUAAAAGUUCCAGAAGACAAGCUACAGAUUAUCAUUGAAGUGACGGAAAUGUUGCAUAAUGCCAGUUUACUCAUCGAUGAUAUUGAAGACAACUCAAAACUCCGUCGUGGCUUUCCAGUGGCACACAGCAUCUAUGGAAUUCCAUCUGUCAUCAAUUCUGCCAAUUAUGUAUAUUUUCUUGGCCUAGAGAAAGUCUUAACCCUUGAUCACCCAGAUGCAGUAAAGCUUUUUACCCGCCAGCUUUUAGAACUCCAUCAGGGACAAGGCCUGGAUAUCUACUGGAGGGAUAAUUACACUUGUCCCACUGAAGAAGAAUAUAAAGCAAUGGUGCUGCAAAAGACAGGUGGACUAUUUGGAUUAGCAGUAGGUCUCAUGCAGUUGUUCUCUGAUUACAAAGAAGAUUUAAAGCCACUACUGAAUACACUUGGGCUCUUUUUCCAAAUUAGGGAUGAUUAUGCUAAUCUACACUCCAAAGAAUAUAGUGCAAACAAAAGCUUUUGUGAAGAUCUAACAGAGGGAAAGUUCUCAUUCCCUACUAUUCAUGCUAUUUGGUCUAGGCCUGAAAGCACCCAGGUGCAGAACAUCUUGCGCCAGAGAACCGAAAAUGUAGAUGUUAAAAAAUACUGUGUACAUUAUCUUGAGAACGUAGGUUCUUUUGAAUACACUCGGAAUACUCUUAAAGAGCUUGAAUCUAAAGCCUAUAAACAAAUCGAUGCAUGUGGUGGGAACCCUGAGCUAGUAGCUCUAGUAAAACACUUAAGUAAAAUGUUCAAAGAGGAUGAAUAAUAUUAAGCCAUUCUUGAUUAGGCCUGAUAGCUUAGUUGACUUUUUUUUUGUCUUUUAGCCUAUUACCUUUUUUAAAAUUUGGACCAAUCUGUUAGUAUCCAAAAACUGAGUGAUAGUGGUGAUGUGAGUGAGGUUGUUUCAAUAUAGAAUCCCCGUGUACAGAUAAUCAUAGUACCAAGUUGAAGGAAUCAAAAGGAGCCACAUUUAAAUGAGUCUAACUUGAAUGUCAGAAUGUGCUGUGUUAGGACGUUGUGGCCAACUCUGCCAUGCAUGUUCUGUUGAUUCUGUCAAUAAAGAAGACUUCAGCUCCAGGAAUUUUUAUCCACAUACUUCCUAACUGUACUGUACGGGCAGUUCACAAUUCAUCUACCCCAUUUCCAAGCCAUUGACUACUUGGGACCAGUUUCUAUAGCUAGCUGGCCCGAAGACCACAGGAACUCCUCUUUCUUCCUAAAUGUCGUUGCUUAGAAUAGCUCAUUCUCCUCCCUGGAAACUCCCUUAGUGAAGUCUUCCAUGAGAAAGCUGACAGUGACAAGCAGUAAGCAUUCUGGGCCUCUUUUCCUUUCUCCCAACUCAGCAAAUUCUGCUGUUUAUUUAACCAAGGAGUCUCCGCUGAAUGAAAUUUACACACUAGCCCAAGUUCUUUUUUCUUCUAAUGUAACUUGUGCCUCAAAACUAAUUAGUAUCUGGGUACAGCAGUAUCUUUCCAUUUGUGGGGGGAAAAAAGGUACAUGGAAAAAGUAUUUUAGGAAGGAGCCUUUAAACCAUUUUAUGCUGUCUUUAUCAUUAGUAGUAAAAAUCAUAAAAGCUGUUUGCUCACAAGUACAAAAGCUGGGGGAACUGUCCUUUUCCUUCCCACCCGCAUCGUUAACCCCUCUGUAGGCAGUUGGUGCUUGAAUGGAAAAGGAAGUAGGCAUCUUUAACCUCUAUGAUUAAAGGAAAGAAAAGUGUUAACCUGAGAGCUACUGCCUGACUGAAAAUUAGCCAAAGGCUAUACUAUCAGGCACAGUUAGCUUUAUAGUGCCUUAACCCUGACUAUCCCUUUUGUUUCAUUUUAGGCCCUCAGCCCCUGGAGCCAUCUUAUGGCACAAGAG